AUGUCGUCUAAGUAUUUCUCAAUUCUCUUGCUGCUACUGCUAGUGUUUGUUCUAUCUUCCCAUGCCGCAAAAGUUGUGGAAGUCGGUAAGAUUUGCAAGCUAUCCACAAACCCUUCAUUUUGUACUGCCCUUCUAAACUCAAACCGAGGUGGGAAAGACCUUGUUAGCCUUACCCAAUACACAAUUGAUGUAACUUGUGCCAACUUGACCAACACAGUGACUCUGAUCAAAUCGCUCAUUGCAAAAAGUGCUCACGAUCCAAAGACAAAUGAUCACUAUAAAACUUGCUUGUAUUAUUUUGAGAUCGAUGGGGGUGCUCUCGAUACCAUGGAAUCCACUCAACAAAGUUUAAACAAAGGAGACUAUAAUGGUGUGAAUCUUGGUGCAGGUGCUAUCCCCAACUUUAUGGAUGAUUGCAUUUUAGGAGACGACGGACCGGAUCCAAACCUAUCUCCUUUUCCUGAUACCUCGAUACUUCCAAAAUAUCUUGAUGUUAUUGAGAAAGUUGCUGAGGUUACUCUUAUCCUAACAAAUUUAUUGCUAGGUGAUUGA